AAAAUAUAAUACUGUAUGUAACCCUGAAUUAAUGAAGAAGCUUUGCACUUAAACUACUAUUUCAUUCAAGAAACAAGUCUUUUUUACUGACUUAUUAAGAAAGGAUUAUCUUCGGUAGCAUUCACCAUGUUUAGAUUCAACUUUAAUGUAGAGACGGAAGACCAAUCAGAACCCAUGGCAGAGGAGCCCAUAGAUGAUCCAUCAGCGGAAAAGGCGCACUCGGAAGUCCUCAGAGACUGGUUGCCUGCUCAGUGCCAUGAGAUCACCCAAGAACAUAUUAAUUUUCUUACAGAUGGUUGUGUUGUGGAGGAAGUCACGAUAGGAGAAACUGAGGUAAGGUAUUUUGGGGUUUAUAAGAGAUAAGAUUCAGCACAGGUAGUUUUUAUUUCUGUGUAUAUUCCUGUCCUCAUUUCAGAUCACACUGACCUUGUUCCAGCUGUAUAUGAAGGAGGGUUGAAGAUUUGGGAAUGCACUUGGGAUCUCUUGGACCACCUGUCCUCAAUGAAGAUUAACAUGAAUGGCUGCAGGGUUUUGGAAUUGGGUUGUGGAGCAGCAUUGCCAGGACUGUAUGCUGCACUUCAAGGAGCACAUGUCAGCCUUCAAGACUAUAAUGAAGAGGUCAUUAGAUAUAUUAGCAUACCUAAUGCUGUGUUAAAUUUAGCCGAUUCCUCAUCUUUAGUCAUUGAUGAAGAAGGAACAAUCGACUGCAAAUUCUCCGAUUCAUCUGUGAAGCAAGUGGCUGAACGCAUUUCAUUCUUCUCUGGUGACUGGAGUGGUCUUGAAAGAAAACUGGUGAAAAACAUAAACACUGGCAACUCUGAAAGUGAUAGUGGCGAGCUAAAAUUUGAUGUGAUUUUAACUUCCGAAACAAUAUAUAAUACAGACUGCUAUGAGAAACUUCUUCAUGUGAUGACCAGUUGCCUCAAGAGAAAUGGGAUAAUCAUUCUGGCAGCAAAGGCCCAUUAUUUUGGAGUUGGAGGAGGAACACAGCAGUUCAUCAACUUUGUAAAUAAACAUGAUCAGCUGGAUGUUAAAUCAUUUGUUGCAAAUAGUCAAGGCCUGAAACGAGAAAUCCUUGAAAUGAGAUUCAAAAAUAAAUGAGAAUAAUUUUGAA